AUGGCUAAUUGUUUUGGAAGGAAUGUUUCCGACACACAAAGAUAUUAUGUCAAUAAACUUGAAUCAGAUGAAAAAAGUUGGGCAUGGCAGUUAAAUCGUAUUGGAACAUUAGCUGUAUUUGUCAUUGGUUUUUGUGGUAAUAUAUUAUGUUUACUUGUCCUAUGUCGUCGACGUUUAAGGCGAAAUUCUUAUACUCAAUAUUUAAUCGCUUUAGCUGUUGUAGACACUGGAGCGAUUCUUGCAGAAGUUAUUUCUGCACUCGAUGAUUUACAUCAAAAUGAAUAUAAUAUAAAUCUUAUAGUACAUACUAAUAUAUCAUGUAAAUUAUACUAUUAUGUUAGAUUCAUAUUUUAUUCUAUGAGUUCUUGGAUAAUUGUAGCGUUAGCUAUGGAACGAUUAGUUGCAAUAAAAUUUCCUUUAUGGUCAAAAAAUAUAUGUACUGUUGUGAAUGCUCGACGUAUUAUACUUAUGAUACUUAUAUUUACGAUGAUUAUUCAAUCUUAUCAUUUUGUUACAAAAGGCCUUGAUUGUUCGCCAUCACCAUUAUCAAUAUCAUCGUCGACAAACAGUUGCCGUUGUAAAACAAUACGUCAUGGAAAUUUUUCAAAAUUUGAUGUAAAUUUUACUGUUUAUGCAUGGAGACUUGUUUUAAUGACAUUAUUUCCAUUAACAAUAAUCAUAACAGUUAAUGUAUUAAUUAUGACGAAAUUAUUUAAUGAAGGUUCAUUACUUGAUCAUACAAAUACAUCUUGUAAUGCUCAACGUAAAAUGAAACUUGUUUAUAAAAUAUCUCGAAUGUUAGUUAUUGUUACAACAGUUUAUCUUAUUUUACAUGUACCUGGUUCCAGUUUAGAUGUAAUUAAAUCUAUAUAUAUACCUGUUUUAAGAAUAUGUAAUCCAAGAUGGCAAUAUUAUCUUCAUAUAAAUCAUGAAAUAUUUGAUUUAUUAACAAAUUUUAAUUAUGGUAUUAAUUUUUAUUUAUAUAUUAUUAGUGGUAAACACAUACGUAAUGAAUUAGUACGAGCUUUUAAACAUUCAUCAUUACGUUCAAAAUCUAGUGGACGAAAUGGUAAAAAUCAUCGUUCAAGUUAUUAUAUGUCAUCUUAUGUACAUGGAUCAAGAUAUCAACCAGCACGAUAUUCAAAUACACCGUUAUCUAGACGUCCAACCGCUUCUUCUAUGUAG